ACGCAUCAACACGCUGGAGUCUUGGUUUAAUGUACGAGCUGUGGAUUAUACUUUUCCAGUUUCACCUCACCUGACACACAGGGCGAACGCCGGGUCCCGGGAUUUGUCUUUGCGGAUUAAAUUCUGUCAGCAGCUGACAGCUUCCCAGGAACAUGCAGGAUCUGUUCUGACCAGCAGCGGCUCAACAAGUAGAGCACUGGACAGCUGACAGGGGUUGUGGUCAAACUCCCUGACUGCGUUUGUGUGUGCAGCUGCAGUCUGGAUGUAAGAUUGGGUCAGCGCUUGAGUCGGUUACCCUGCUUCAGUGUGCGAUGUGUGGGUCCUCUAUCUCACUGCGUCUGCUGCUCUGGAUCGUAGGAGUAGCUGUCUCUACGACGCAAGGUAAGGUUUUAGCUCCCGCUAAUCUGACCGCAGAGGCAGGUCAUCCCUUACUGCUCGGCUGCAACAUCACUACGGAGCCAGGUGAUACGGUCCACCAAGUGCGCUGGCUCAACAAGCACCACAAGCUCAUUCUGGCGUACGAACAGGGGGUGUCGCCCCGCAUCAGUCACCAAGACCAAAAUGUGCAGCUCACUGUCUCCCAUCACAACUCUAGCUACAUAACCUUCAAGAAAGUGCAGGCUGCUGACAGCGGCUGCUACCACUGCAUCUUUGAUGUUUACCCCAAGGGCACGCAACAAGGCUUGGCGUGCUUCAAUAUCAUCGGAAAAGUGCAUUUCGAUGGCAAUAAGACGGCCAUAAGUGGAAAGCCGACCACCCUUUCAUGCUGGUAUAGCCUCCCUGGCAGGGUCCGACAGGUCUUGUGGAGGAAGACAGCCGAGCAGGGUGACACCACCACUGUUGGCUCCGUUGCUGAAGGCAACCAUUACAAAAUAGAGGAACAGUUCAAGGGUCAGGUCAGCCUGAGCCGAACCCUGGGAGACACUGAGCUGACGAUAAAGGCUGUCCGAACGGAGGACGAGGCCUGCUACACCUGUGAGUUCCACACGUACCCAGAUGGCACCCGGGCUGCCACCACAUGCCUCUCUGUUUAUGUUUUACCCAAACCAGAGGUGAGCCAGGUGACCUCACCUUCAGGGAUCACUGAGGCCAACUGCACGGCCAAGUCCCGGCCUGCGGCGGAGAUCACAUGGAACGUCGGCAGUGACAACCGAACCCUAGGCCCACCCUUUUCGUCGGCCUACGAACAAGGCGACGGUACAACAAUAGUGACGAGCACGCUACUCUUCCAGUCCGGGCUGUUCAGCGACCUGUCCAUCAAGUGCAUCGUGCACCACCCGGGUUUGAAUAAACCCCUGAUGAUGUCCCUCAACACAAACAUGGGUCCAGCCAUGGUUAUCCUCAUCUCUGUGUGCGGUGUGGCAGCGGUCCUCCUCUUGUGCUUGUGUGUGUGUCUCUGCAAGUGCUUCAUCUGUACGGAUGACUGAUUUGGAGUCUGCCGUCACCGCUGCUUUGAUGAAGGUCCAGCAGAGCUCUGAGCCUGACCUAGCUGCUCAGCACCGUGCCCUUCAGUUCAGUAUUCAGAGGAAGGAGGAAGGGAACAGAGCUGAGCCAACACUGGGCUGAGCUGGGAGGGUACUGCUAGUGUGGACACCAAUUUACUACAAAGGAAACAGAACUAAAACCACAUUAUUUAAUGCUAGUUAUUAUACUUACGGUAGAGCACUGGAGAUGGUUGUUGAUGAAACCCUUUUAUAUAAAAGAUAGCAAGGCUGAGAGAUGCAGAAGUAGAUGUGGCAAAAUGGAGCUCCAGUGGUGAGAUUAAACAGUGCGUCCUCUCUUAAGAAGUCGUUGUAGCUUGUGUACGUGUGUGUGUUUGUAUGUGUGUUUUAGUUAUUCUCUGAUGUCAGACAAAUGGUGUGAUAAGUUAUAUAUUUUUUCAGCAUUCGGUAGCUAUAUGAUUGUAUGGAGUGUCAUGUAAAUUUACAGUUAUGGUCAGAAGUUUACAAACACUCAUCGAGGGUAUGAAUGUCAUGGUUAUUUGAGGAUUUUAAUGAUUUUGUUGAACUUUACUUUUUCCAGGAUGGAAUGAUUGUGCAAUAUAAAUCUUUAAUGACUUUAAAAAACAAGACUUGAGUGAACAAGUUUGAACUGAUUUUGGAUUUUCUUUAAUCCACACAGGGUCCAAAUUACACAUAAAGCCUGAAACACCACACUAACAUUUGGUUAAGUGUCCUUUAGGUAGUUGCACUUUAGCCAGAUGUACUUGGUAGUCAUCAAGAAGCAAAAACUGCUCUUCUUGCCAAAAUUUGUAGACUUCAUUUAAGUUGGUUGGUUAGCUGACACAGACCUGGCUUUAAAGUUUUGUUCACAAAUUUUCAGUAUGGUUGAGGUUUAAGAAAACCAUUCCAACAGCUUCAUGUCAGCCCGUUUAUCCCUUCCGAAACCAGUUUUGAUGUGUGUUUCAUUGUCCAACUAGAUGUUGAUUUGAGGUGAAGUUGCAGAAUUUAGAGGUAGUGAUUCUCAUUCAUUAUUACAUUUACUCUGUGGAAUGCCCCCAGUACCACUGGCUGCAAAACAGUCUCCAUGCCUUGUGUCAUUGUGGCUAGACAGCUCAAUCUUUGUCUCAUCUGACCAUGAAACUUUUCUCCAGAAGGCAUUUGUUCCGUGCGGGCUGCUACAAAUUUUAGUCAAGCUUGAAGGUGUCAGUUUUGGAGCAGAGUCGGCAUCUCAGUCCAUGGUGAUGUAAAACUGGCCUCACUGUGGACAGUGAUGCUGGUGUUCCAGUAGUUUCCAGCUCAUGGCACGCUUGAGCCUUGAUGUUCCUGAACAUCCUAAGCAAAUUCCUCAAAUCUGAUGGUGACACUUUUGGUCUUUUUCCAGAUCUUGGCAAAGUGGUGAUGCAUCUGAAUACCUUGUACUUACUUGUUUGAACAGGAUGAAAUCUGCAGUUGUUUAAAAAUGGCUUCAAGAGACCUUCCCAACUUGUAGAUAUCUACAAUUCUCCUGCUUAGAACUUCUCAAUUUUUACAAUAUUAGUAAAUCCAAUGAGUGCUGAAAAAACAAAUCCUUUUUUUGCUAGCAAUUGAAACUACCAGUUGUAGUCAAUGAUGAUGACUAGUGAGACAUUAACAGGCUUUGCUCUUGUCAAGUUAAAGACAAUGUAAAACCUUUAGCGCCACUUAUUCAAAGAUUUAAAUAAGGAAAUGUAUGUAUGUGAGUCUGUAUGCAUCUUUGAGCCUGUGUGGAUUAAAGAAAAUCCAAAAUAAGUUCAAACCUAUGGAAUCCUGUACAAUCAUUCCACCCUGGAAAAAGAACAGUUCAAAGAAAUCAUUGGAAUGAUGAGUGUUUGUAAACAUCUGACCACGACUGUAACUACAUUUUUUCUAUCAUGUUUGGAAUUGACUACUUUCCAUUUCAAAUAUAGUAGAUAAUAACAUGUUGUUGUGUAUAUAAAUAUAUAUAUAUCUAUAUAUAUAGAUAUAUAUAUAUAUAUAUCAUAUUAAACCCUUUUAAAACAUAGAUCAUAGAUCACUAAACUAGAAAAAAUGUUGAUGUCAUAUAUAUGUAGGUGUCAUCAGAUAUUAACUGAAAAUCUCUUUAGAUUUGGAAGACCAGAGGCAAAAACAAACAUGACACAGAAAAACCAAAACCACCAAAACCGUUUGGACUUUGUGAUUGUGAAAAUACUUUGUUUCAGAACCUUUUAAGGUGGCUGAACAUUUCAAGCCACAUCACUUGCUCUUUGCCUGAUUGCUGUGGGACACCAAUAUCACCACCGCGAAGCUGUCGCAUCACCUGACAUCCCUCCAUUUGUGGUUGUGAUGUAGAGAAGAACGAUGGCUAAAACAGCACCAAUUGUGAACUUGCAAGUUACGGGAAAGUAAAAAAAAUCUGACUUUUAGUAAACCGGCCCGUGUGAGUCACCCUGAAGGAUGGUUUGUGGUGGAAAAGAAUGAAAAGUUUGUUAUUUUUAGCUGCUGCCUGCAGGACAGAGACGGGUGGUCGACCUGUAACCUUUGUGUGCUCGGUGGUUAACACCGCCCAAACGAUUUCUGUGCACAUGAAUCCUGAGAAUUACUGUUUGCAUAACUGUCUGAGAGAUAGAAGGCGUUUGUGUGUCUUUCUACGUGUCUGAGUGAGUAAUCUGAGAUCAAAAGAAACACAGAGUGCAUCUAUGUCUAUGUGUGUGUUUGCAUUUGCUGCCAUUGUUGUACAGUAUUAUAACUUACAGAGUUAAACUGUAGGGAGCACCAGUGCUAGGUUUAUUGGCCUGCAUGGGCAGUUAUUGGUUAAUUUUAAAAACUCAGAGUAUAAUGCUACAGUGAAGUCUGUUAUCUGUGUAUAUAAACACAGUUUGAAGGUUUAAAUAUUAAUAAAUGUCUUUGGUGAUAAGAAACUAACAAGCUGAUUGUGUUGCUUUUACAGUGUUUUUCCUUUUUUUGUAUCAAUAAAUCUGUUAAAUAGUGUCCUGCACUUGUGCUGCGAGAUAAAUCUUAAGCUAAUGUGGAUCAGCACUGGGUUAAAUAAAUAAAAAACUUUAUCUGCCGUCC